ACCAGACGAUUGAACAACGGGAGCGAACCAUUGCCAAAAACAGGGGCAGCCGAUUCAGAAGAGCGGGCUUUCGUCGACUUUUAGCGUCUGUUUAUCGACAUGUUGAUGGGUUUGUAGGCAGAUAUAGCAAGUUGUAACACAUACGCCACAUAACUGCUCUAAACGCUUCAGCAUCGGCGACUCGAGCUCCAUGGAUACUUUUACGCUCCCCCAUCCAUAACUCAAGUCGACUUAUUUGAUUGACUGCUCCAUAUUUUUUUGUUCGAUUUUUUUCUGUGGCUUCAGAAAGAACAAAAACGGGGUAAUAGAGACAGUGCGGAAAAGAGGGAGAGAAAAUAACAAACGCUGCUGGAAAGAAAGUGCGAGCUCAAGAGCGCUGGGAGCGACCCAGGGUCAAGACUGAGAAAAAUACAUAUAUAUUUCACAGACAAAGGAGUGUCGACUUUUGCUUAUUUCUGUAUUUUAGGGAAAUUGGGCACACCGACAUCAUAAUUAUUUUGCAUAAGAGGACAGUGUAACAGAUCACCAUGACGACUGAAAUGCAGGAGAUCGCCAUCACGGAGGAGAAGCCUUUACUGCCGGGCCAAUCAGACGCUGUGAAGGACGCAGAGACCGCAGCCCGAAUACUGCUGGAUCAAGGCCAGGAACACCGUGUCGAGACGCCUCACGGCGUGCUGCAUGUGACGGUUAACGGAGCUGGAAACGCACGCAGACCGGCCAUACUGACCUUACAUGAUGUGGGAAUGGACAGUAAGAGCUGCUUCUCCACCCUGUUUAAGUUUGAAGAGAUGCAGGAGAUCGUGAAGAACUUCACUGUGGUUCACGUGAACGCUCCGGGACAAGAGGACGGCACGGCCAUUUAUCCUGCCGGAUACCAGUAUGCAUCUAUGGAUCAGGUCUCUGAGAUGCUCCCCGCUGUCCUGCAGUACUUUAAUUUCCGCACAAUUAUCGGUGUUGGAGUCGGAGCCGGCGCUUACAUACUGUCCAAGUUCACUUUGACUAACCCUGACGCCGUGGAAGGGCUCGUUCUGAUCAACAUCGACACAAACGCACGAGGCUGGAUGGACUGGGCCACACAGAAGCUCUCCAAUCUGACGUCUUCCCUCACAGACCAAAUCCUGAGUCACCUCUUCAGUCAGGUGUGUGUGUCAAGUGUAUUUUUAUAUGAGCUCUCUGUUGUUUUUAUUCAGAUGGCGGAUGCCGGCGGGAUGCCACAGCUUACUCAGCCAAGCAAACUGACAGAAGCGUUUAAAUACUUCAUUCAAGGCAUGGGAUACAUGGCGUCGUCCUGCAUGACGCGUCUCUCACGCUCGCGCACCACCUCGCUCUCGUCCUCCUACUCCAUGGAGGGCUCGCGCUCCCGAUCCCGCACGCUGUCCCAGGGCUCGCAGGGCGGACAGCUCCCGCCGAGCCCGUCCCAUACCAUGGAGGUAUCGUGCUGAGAAGCACCAGAGCGGGGGAGAGAGAUGGACGGAUGAAACGCUUGAGUCUUCUGGGUGGCAGAACGUGAGUUUCGUGCGUGACGACGGACGGAUGAUGACAACUCUCUCCCUCCCUUCACCGACCCGUCAGGCAGAUGAUAGAGCCCUUUAACUCUGUGACAUGGGCGGGGCCUUUAGUGAGACCCAAAUGUAGUGUUAACCAAUAGUAAUACUUCUAAUAUGAAUAUUGAUUAUUAAUAAUAAUAACGACGAGCGUCACUGACAAAAUAAACAACGAUGUUUCUCCUAUUUACAUGUUGAAUUUCUAAACAAAAGUAUAGAGAAAAGAGUAUAUAAGCUCAUAAUGUGUGUCUAUCAACUUCUUUGUGAUUAUUAUUUUUUGGUGUGCUUUUUUCGUUUUUGUAUUCUGUAUAAUUUUUUUCUGUUAUACAAUCCUGCUGCUGUGAGUGGGGUGCAGUAUUGUUGGAGAUGGUGGCGAAAGUUUUCAGCCGAAAUACUCGUCUGUGUAGAUGACAGCCACCUCAUGUCUUCCAUUUGCCCUUAAC